AUGAGUUACCACUCGUUAUCAUAUGAAGAUACAGUAACACAAGCUGCUGCUGAAGCAGCUGCAGCAGCUGCAGUGGUUGCCGCUACACAACAUCAUCACCAACAUCAUCAUCAUGCUCAACAAUAUCAAUUUGAAUCCAGAAAUAUCUUUGUGGAUCAAGAUGAAAAAUCAAUCAUAUUUACAAUCCCUUACACAGAACCAUAUCGUGAACGAUAUCGUAAUUUGAUUAUCCAAUACGGUGGGAUAGUUACGGACAACCCAACUCCGACCACCAUUUAUUUGAAUAAUGAUGAAAAUGCUGGUCCUCAUACUGUUCGAUUGAAUUAUAUUGAUGAUUGUGUUAACAGAAAUCGAUUACUUCCAUUAGAUGGAUAUGUGAAUGGUGUUCCUAUUACAGUUGGAGGUGCAAGUGUUGCCAUGCAACCCACUACUGCUACUGGCCUGAAGAGACAUAAUCGAUUCACUCCUGAAAAAGAUGAAUUUAUACUUAAACGAGUUAGAUUAAAUCCAAGAUUUAGACAUUCACAUAAAUUCUUUAACGAAUUGGCUCAAGAAGAUAUUUUGAGAGGUCAUACAGGGAAUUCAAUUCGGGCAAGGUUUAGGAAACAUUUAGAACCAAGAUUGGAAUUUGUUUAUAAAUUGGAUGCAAAUGAUAAAUUAAUUAAAGAUAAAAUUACGGGUCAAUAUAUUAAAUUAGGGAUUGAUGAAUUACCAGAUACAUUAAAACAAAAAUAUACCGCUGAGGAUGAUUAUAUGCUUUGUCGGGAAGCAAAGGAUUAUAUUUUAGAAAAAGGGAUCCAAGUAGAUUUAGAAAAUGAUCUUGUGGUAUUACCAUAUACUUUUUAUAGUAGAACUUAUAGAAAGAAUCCAAAACAUAGUUUACAUUCUUGGAGAGAUAGGUUUAGAAGAUAUGUUACUCCUGGCAUGAUUCCACAAUAUAUUGCAUAUUAUGAAGAAUGUAUCCAAAAGGGAGAAGAGCCAAAACCGUUAUUAAAACUUAGUCAAUAUGAGGGUACUGUUAUAUCCAGGCCCGCAACAAAAGCUAAACCAAUUCCCAAGAGAACCAACAAAGAACCACAACCUUCAUCUAGUGGUGUGCAUGUGAGUGGUCUGGUUGCUAGUUCACAAAUCGAUGAAUCAGCUUUGAAUAUUGAUGAUGAGUUAAUAUCUAAACAUGCCGGAUUUGAUAGAAUCGAAGUACCAAAAUUACAAGAAACAUUUGUGGAUGAAGAAGAAGAUUCUCAACUGACAACACAAUUAAACGAGCAAUCCUCACAUCUCACCGAAUCUCAAUUCCCUCUUCAAUUAAAGUAUGUUGAUCAUACAACAGGGUUAAACGACUUACUUUUCCGUGAAAGUUUUCAAUAUAUCAAAAGUGGAAAUGUCAGUAUCAAAGUCCAUGAAGCAAUUGCCAAUGUUCAAGAUGUGGUUGAGAUCUUCAAUAAAUUAAAACCAAUUGGAUUUACUGAAACUUUAAUCAGUCAUAUUGUCUAUGCUACCUGCGCCGAUAUUUCACUUAUACCCGAUGUUUGUGAACGUUUUACCCAGGGAGUUAAGGCGGUAAUUUCGGGGACGGAGGAAAAUACAUCCAUGUAUCAACUAUUGGAAAUUGAUGAUAUGCCGGGUGUUUGGACAGCUCUGCAGGAUGAAAAAUUAUAUACCGAAAGAGAGGUGGAAUUAUUAGAUCAUCAUACUACUGAUCAUUUAUUAUUUAGGAAAAAGUUCUUGAAUGAUAUUCGUAGACAGGAAUUUGGGUUUGAUUCACCUAGUUGA